AUGGCUGCUCGUCUUCCACAAGUCGCUCGCCUCAUCCUCUUCACUGGCCCAAAUUGUUCACUUUGCGACGUUGCAAAGUUAGAGCUGGCAAAAGUCAAGCAGUCGUAUCAAUUCGACUUGGAAAUAGUCAACAUACAGGAUAAAGGCCAGGAAAACGAAAGGUCGCUGGGACGCCUCCACCAUACUCGAAUCCAUGAGGCAGCGGAAUGCGGCACUGGAAGCUCGGGAGGAAGUUGUCUAGAGAGUAGUCCUUGCGGGUCCAAUGCCGCCUCCAACUUUUACAUCGAUACUUUGGGGUCAGCUUGGCUGCAAGAAUCGUCACCUCAGUUAUGCUUUUAUGACAGGCACGUCUCAAAUAUCCUAGGCGAGAAUCAGAUUCCAUCCCCUCAACUCCUUGAUGCUCGCUUUUGCUUCAACUGCGGCUCGUCUGAUCACAUCAUUGGGUCCUGUCCUGAACCGCAUAAUCAUCCCCUCAUCUCACUUUCGCGACAACUCUUCAAUUUUUUGCGCCCUGAUGGGCAAACGAGGGAACCGGGCAGGUUUCAUGUUGUUGAAGCUUGGAAGAAACAACGACUUGAAUGGUUGGAGUUUUUUCAGCCUGGAAAGGUUGUU